GUUCACCUACGAACGAUUCGUGUCUCGAUCUCGGUCCCGAGAGGGAAAAAAAAAGAAGAAAGAAAAAACGAAAAGAACUCUCGAGACUUUCUCGGUGUGAUCGUUCGACGUUCCAAGAAUAUCGCCCAGUUUUCGCGAAGAAUCGAGGAGCUCCAGCAGCCGGCGAAGCAGCAAUUAUGAUAUCGACGUUUCUUCCCGACCUAUCUCAACGUUUACACGCGAUUCUGAAGCAUCGUACAAGGAUCGGUAGCCGCUGGUCGUACAAAAGCUCCGGCGAGGGACGUUGAUAAGCGUAAAAGCGCGGAUCGUACACAGCGAUAUUUCAAUCAAGCUGCCAAUAAAUUUCAUCAUGCAUCGUCGGACCCUCCUGUUUCCACUCGGUCUGUGACGUCUCUCCUCUCUCUCUCUCUCUCUCAAAAGACGCAAUUUUUAUGCGCGACGCGGCACACACUCGAGAAUCGCGCGUGAUCUCGAAACGUGUUUCUCUGCCCACACGUCGCGGAGAACUGUAAUCCGAAUCGAGGCUUGUGUUCUAUCAGACGGUGGAAAAUAUGACGCUGGAAAAAACCGAGACCACGGGACAAUUCGUUAAAGUGAGAACAGAGAGGACUGGUUUCGAGCCGUCCGAACGAUGGCGUAUCACAAGGAACGUGUUGGUGAUCGGUGUCGCUUUUAUGGUGAAUUUCACCGCGUUUAUGGGUGCUACGAAUUUACAGAGUUCGAUCAACGCCGAUGGCUCCUUGGGAACUUUUACUCUGGCCUCCAUUUACGGCAGUUUGAUAUUUAGCAACAUCUUUCUGCCGACUCUGAUCAUAAGCUGGUUGGGCUGUAAAUGGACCAUAUCCCUGUCCAUCCUGACUUACGUGCCCUUUAUGGCGGCACAGUUCUACCCAAAAUUCUACACCAUGAUACCAGCCGGGUUGAUGGUAGGAAUUGGCGCUGGACCACUUUGGUGUGCCAAGUGCACGUAUUUAACGGUUGUAGCGGAAGCUUACGCCACGUUAUCAGACGUAGCCGCGGAUGUCCUCGUCACGAGAUUUUUCGGCGUCUUCUUCAUGUUCUAUCAGAUGGCGCAGGUCUGGGGGAACCUCAUAUCUUCGGCAGUUCUUUCUUACGGACACGACGCAGUGCCAACGAACACCACGUUGAACAGUAGCUUCGUGGCGGAAGCUUGCGGUGCCAAUUUCUGCGGCGCGACUUCCAACACGAGUGACAGCCCGAAAUUGGAACGACCUCCAGAGGAAAGGAUUCAUCUAAUUUCCGGCAUCUAUCUGUGCUGCAUGAUAGUGGCCUCUUUAAUUGUCGCGUUCGGCGUCGAUUCCCUGGCGAGAUACAACAAAGGCAGAGCAGGAUCAGCGACAGGUCUCACAGGAUGCAAGCUUUUAGCCGUGACGCUGAAACUAUUGAAAGAGAAAAAUCAGCUGCUUAUACUGCCAAUUAUUAUAUUCAUUGGAGCAGAACAAGCAUUUUUAUUCGCUGAUUAUAAUGCUUCCUUCGUAUCCUGCGCAUGGGGAGUCAGCAACAUAGGCUACGUGAUGAUCUGUUUCGGUGUGACGAACGCUAUAGCCGCGUUAGGCACCGGAUCACUAAUGAAAUUGACAGGAAGGAGGCCUCUAAUGAUAUUCGCCUUCUGUCUUCACAUAGGAAUUUUAGCUUUUCUAUUGCGUUGGAAGCCAACUCCCGAACAAAGUUCCAUGUUCUUCUUGAUGUCUGGUUUGUGGGGCCUUUGUGACGCCUUGUGGCUGGUGCAAGUUAAUGCUCUGUCAGGAAUACUCUUCCCAGGCAAAGAGGAAGCGGCCUUCUCCAACUUCCGCCUUUGGGAAUCCACAGGAUCUGUGAUCACGUACGCGUACAGUCCUUACCUCUGCACCCAAACGAAGAUCUUCGUCCUGAUGGGAAUCCUGUGUCUCGGAAUGAUCGGCUACGGUGCGAUCGAGUGGACUGGAAAGGCGGACAGACGAUCCAUUCCAGAAUCGAAGCCGGACUUCGAAUUGGUAGCAAACGGCGAUGUAAACGAUACGACGAAACUUUGAGGACGAUGAUAAUAAAAUUUGACGAAUCCUCUCGAUUUUCAAGUACAAUCUCCGGGUACCAUUUCUUUUCUCUCGAUUCGAAGGAAAAACAACUAUAUAAUACAUUCCGAAUUCUUUGUGACACCGGACAGAAAAUUUCACAAAACCUCGUUUCUUAUCAAAAAAAGUAUUCUCGAACAAAGGACGAUAAACGAAAGCAAGCGGAAAAAGAAGAAAAGGGUCGAUUUCACCCAAAGCAAUCUCUCUUUUUUUUCGUUCGGAUUAUGUGAAAAUGCUCGACAAAUAGGAAUAUCGUGUGAACAGUAUCACAAUGUAAUAUAUAGAAAUCAUACAGGAAUCAGCUCGGCGUAUAAAAAAUGAUAUACACAAGAAAGAGUUCGGUAAUGCUUGG